CAAUAUUAAAUAUGUCUUACAAUACUAUAAAUCCGGAUUAUCUUAAUGUGCAGACAAAUACAGACAUUGUGAAGAUUAUUUCUAAUGAAGUCGUGUUCUUUAGCAAUAAAAUAAAUCAGCUAUCAAGCUAUAACAUGGCUACUAAAAGAAUUAUAAUAGUCACUUCCAAAGCCAUUUACUUAUUUAAGCAAAGUGGACCGAAAUAAACGUAAACUAAAGAAUUGUCUGCCUUUUAAAGAGAUUCUAGGUUUGACUAAGUCAAUAAAGUCAAAUCAAUUUGUUAUCCAUACGGAAACUGACUUUAUCAGGCUAAAAGCAACCAAUUCUAAUGAGUGCAUUGAGAUGGUCAAGAUCGCUUAUGUGAGUGAAGUUCACAAGAACUUGGAAAUUUAUGCAGCUGAAAUGAAGGAUCUAAAGGGAGUUACAAAAAUAAGGACAGAUUUCAAACUUCUCUCUGAUGAAAAUUUAAUGAAGGAACAAGCCGAGGAAGAGAGCAAGGAAGAGAUCAAAUCCAAGAAAGUGCUAGAAGAAACAACAAAAUCAGAUGAUACUGCAACAGAUGAUAAAGAGAAAGAAGAGGAAAAGGAUCCUGAUGAGCCUCAUGUUAUUGAAGAAAACUUUGAAUUUCAGGAAAAAGACGCAAAGCUCAAAAGAUCUUCCACAUUAUACUCCAGAGAGUCAGAAACAGAUUGUGAAUUUGAAGACUUCGUCAUCAGAAAAGUCCUAGGAAUUGGAUCAUUCGGAAAAGUUUACUUGGUCGAAAACCAGAUAAACGGUAAACUUUAUGCUAUGAAGAGUAUCAAGAAGGAGAAGAUUAUGGAUUAUAACAAAAUGGAGUCGACCAAACUUGAAGAACACAUUCUACUCAAUUCUGAGCACCCAAACAUUGUUUCCCUUGACUUUGUAUUCAAAAAUGAAGAGAGAAUAUAUUUUAUAAUGAACUUCGUCCGGGGAGGGGAACUAUUCAAGCAAAUUAUUGACUGAAGAAGAUUUAAUGAAGAUAGAGCAAAAUUUUAUGCUGCUCAGAUCGCGUUAGCACUAGGUCAUCUUCAUUCACAAGAUGUACUUUAUCGAGAUCUCAAGCCUGAAAAUAUUUUGCUUGGAGAAGAUGGGUAUGUAUACCUUACAGAUUUCGGUCUUUCAAGAAUUCUGGCAAGAGAUGAGAUUGCAACAAGCUUUUGAGGUACUGCUGAAUAUCUUGCUCCUGAAAUGGUAACUUCAAUAGGACAUAACUUUGGGAUUGAUUGGUGGGCCCUAGGCAUCUUAAUUUAUGAAAUGAUAGUUGGAAUUCCACCGUUUUAUCAUAAAAAGAGAGACCAUAUGUUCUUUUUGAUCAAGGAGGCAGAAAUAAAAUAUCCAGAUCCUGUGAAACACGGAAUAUCUGUAUCAGAUGACGCAAAAGAUCUAAUUAAUAAAUUACUAAAUAAAGAUAUGGACAAAAGACUUGGAGUUGAUGAAGACGUUGAAGAAAUACUAGAGCAUCCAUGGUUUGAAGACUUGGAUAUGGAUAAAAUCCUUUCAAAGGAAAUGGAGCCUCCUUAUAAACCUGAGCUUGAUUCGGAUAAAUAUGACACAUCCUAUUUUGAUCCAAGUGUCACAUGAAUGGAUGCGAGAGAAAGCGAAUAA